ACUUCACGCUGCAUGAAAUGAGAAAGAAUAGUCUUAAAUGAUGAAUUUCCCCUAGAUUCUAAACCUGAAAUGGCGUGGCUCAUUUUUGUUGCAACUCAAAAGAACACCGAUUUUGGUGUACUUUUGAGAAUCGGCGUAUUUCUGUGAUCGUAUUCUGGGCCAAGUUUACAAAGAAAUGUAGAGGGUUAAUAUAAUAUUGACUACGCUGACUAACUUUUAAGAUAAGAAAACGGACGGUAUUUAGUAUAUAUAGCAGUGCCAAUUUUUAAGGUUUCUCCUCCACUGUUUACGAAAUCAUUGAAGAAAACAUGAAGAACGUUAUUCCAAAUCUGCUACUUGCAAUCGAAUUUUUCGUUCAAGUUUGUGAACUAAAUUCUUCGCCAAUAAACUACGGAGAAGGUUCUUCAAGGCCACCGCCGUAUCGCCCUCACAAAGAUGAAAAUACAAUAGUUAUCGAUUAUAUGGGGAUGGAUAUCUACGUGACUCGCAAGUCAUUCGGCAAUAUUCAUGUUCCGGUCAGGUGCAUUUUUCCAGAGAUAGAAGGUUAUCCUAAACUUCAUGGUAUUCCAGAUGUCAACACUAAACAGAAUUUCAACUUUACAACCAUGCCUCUUUACAGCAUUAUAGAUGGUGUAAGAUAUUGUGUGGUAUAUGUAAAAGAAGAUGGGGAACUUUUGGGAGUUAAAGCUCCACCAACUGACCAGAUUUCGGAACCUGGACGAUACAAAGGUGAUCCGAAAACUCUCAGUCCUGACAAAUACAAAUAUUAUCUCACUUAUCUCGCCUGGGACUUCGUGGUGUAUCAUAAGGAAGGAGAUGCAUUCUCACUGACGGAUGUAAAACUUUACCCUAAGAAUAAACCGAACGAUGAAUACAAAAGUAUACGAGCUAUUAAUACAUAUCAUAUUAGAGCCUUGAAGAUCGAAUGUGCUGGCAUAUCGUUUUUCGCGUCACGAAGAUAUAAAAGAAAUCAAACUAGUCCGCUAGUUCUUGACAACUCUCAUGUAAUGUUUGAGGCAGCUUGGCUUCAUCCAGAGAGCAUUCCUCCGCUGCUCCAACAGGUGAUGACGAAGGAGCAGCGCCUUGAGUGGUUUCCUCCACAAAUCACAGAACGGAGAAAAUUGGAGCGUCAGUUUGGUCAUCCAGAUGUGCCUACACACUCUAUUGGAGAGUCAUCUAUGGGAAAAUCUUUGAAGAAGGCUAAGAAGAACGCUUCUAGCAGUAGAGAAAAAAAGGUCUAAACUGACAAUCUCAGAAAGUCUUCUUAAAUAUCACGGACGUUCAAGAAGAUCACCACGAGGUGGAUGCCUUGAACAUCGCGGAGUCUCAAUUUGAACAUCUCGAAUGCUUGAUCUGAAUAUCGCAGAUAUUCAACUCGAUCGUCUUAAAUGGUCGAUCCGAUUAUGUAAGAGGGGUAACAUAAUUAUUUUGGAGGGUCAAAUUAAGCAUCUUGGAUGGCCGAUUUGAUUCCUUCGCAGAGUUGACUUGUUUAUCCUGUAGCGUCAAUACAAUAAGUUUAGGAAGGAAAAUUCUAUUAUUACAGAGAGUCAAUUGAAGCAUCUGAGAUGUUUGAAAUGAUGAUUGGAAUGAUGAUAUCUGAAAUAGAAUU